AAAGCAGACGGUGAGAGCGAAAAGCUAGAGAAAUGGCUGCACGAUUUUUUUGGGAGCUGGGCAACAUUUUACCGACGGUUUUCAGUAUCGCUUCUUCCUGUCGUCGAGCGUAAGAGCAGGACAGAAACAGUCUAAAAGAGUGGGGAACGAUGGGGGAGGGUACAUGCAUGCCAGACAUUUAGUUACACUGCUCUACCUAGUUUCCGGCUGAUGAUCACGAAUGUUGUGCUUUGUCGCGUUAUUGAGACGCCGUUCAGUUUUGCGUACCGUGUCCUGUGCGUUUUUUUCAAGGGGUUAACCCGAAUUAAUAUUAUUUAUUUGGACAUGAUUACUAUCGCGAGAGUUAGCUUCCAAAUCGUUGAUGACGACUUUAUGUUGUAUUGUGUGUUGAAUAUCGCCUUUAUUUGUGACUUGGUGUUUUAGGUUAAGUUUUAUUCUAGUGGUCGCGGACUGUUUACUGUGUCAUUUAUCUGUAAUAACUGUAGUAUCCAUAUGCGAAGCAAGUAAUGAGUCUAAAUAACGCAAGAUUACUGUGUAUGAUCUGAAGACUUUAACGGUGACGGUGGAAGUUGACACAUUUAUUAGUCUUUGUUUUAUUAACCUUAUACAUGUGAAACGUAACUAAUCUCCAUGGGGGUAACCAUAUGAAGAAUCGCAUCACACAUGUAAAAUUUCGUUGGUGCUAAAUUUUAUAUUAAAAUUAUAAUAACCAAGUUUAUUUUUCGUAAUUUUUCGUAUAUUCUGCGAAACAUUGAGAUAUAAUUGUUGCGCGUAGUUUUAUAGCGUAGUCUUAUCAGAAUUCUAGGAGCCGUACACUUUACUGAUAUUUUUAGAAUUUAUAACAAUAACAUUUACGAUAAGUAUUGUAAGUCCUUCCGACUUGUAAAUCUGUUCAACCGAGAAUGUUGUUUCGCAUAAAAGAAAAAAAAUGUACAGUAUUUGACAUGAAAUAGCCACAAUAAUUUGUCUGACAAAGUUAUAGUCAUAUAUUUUUGGAGACGGUUGCUUGCAAUUUUGUGACCAUGUCAAAAGUACUGGCACAGACAAAAAUUGCAGGUUUUAUGGUAGCCAGUUGUUGCAUAACGACUAGUACCAGCUGAGGAGAUUCAGCAUAGUUUUUUGAGAAAUGUAUAUAAAAAUUGAAGUAGAGUGGUGAGAUUAGAAUUGAUGAGUAUUUAAUUCAUUAACUAAUUAAUGUUUUUUUUACUUCGUUUCUUGUAUAAAUUAAGUUUUACAAGAAACAUCCAGCACAGUGCAUUAUACCACAUUUAAUUAACUUUUUUAGCUUAAACCUAAUUUUCUCUCUUCUUUCAAUGUUUGUUUUAAAUUUGUGCCCUUGAGAGGUAAAGUGGGCUAUCCCACAAAAACAGUUUUGAGAAAAUUAGCUCAAAAGUUGAUAAAAAAAAUCAGUGUGCCUAUACCCUACAAUUGAGAUAUAUGAAUGAUCUCAUAAGUAGCACAGAGGUAUGACUUGGAUAACAACAGACAGACCCUCUAAUAAUUAAUAUUGGACACUAAACUAAUUUUUGACUGACAUGUGGGAUAGCCAACUUUACCUCUCAAGGGCAUGUGCCAUGUUUUAAACAGAUAAUCAAUACAACAUCUUCAAGUUAAAUAUAUGUUGUUAUUAUAUUGAAAAUACUCAGUGACCACUUGAUUGGAUGACCUGCUUGUUAACGCAUGCAGCCUGCUCUUCCAAACGAGUCAUGCAUCUACAAAUGAAUGAAGAGAUUCACUUACUGUUCAACUGAGCACUAAGGCCAGUUUAUACUGAUCUUUUCCGCAUGUGUUUCGGUUGUGGAUGAGGGGAAGUGAUGUAAAUUUUGUCAUCAGGGGUUGCCUGUGGAUGGCUGUGGUCGGUGCUCUUGUAGCCCAAAUUUUUAUGUCCAACGUGGAAGAUAAUUAAUUAGGUAUUUCCAGUCGGUGGCAGCUCCAACUUUCAUAGAUCAGAGGUCGACGACGAAACAGUAGAGGAAGUAUAGCUGUUGUUGUUGCAGUUAUGGUGAGCAGCUAUAUGAGCAAGGUUGGAAAUAUCCGCAUAUUUUAAUUUUUCAUAUUGCCUAGACGUUAUACUGAGGUUUACGGUAUUGUGAAAAGCAGCACUAUUCUGGAAUUUUGAAAUAUUGGUGAUAAAAUUUGCCUAGCAGGGGGGUGAGGGUCCUGGCAAAUUUUUUCAAGGGGAUUUUAAAAUACCCUGGUACAAGUCGUUUUGUUUGUUACUGUAAUAUUGCCCAAGCCUUGACUAGUAACUAUAAAACCGUUCAUCAAAGUUUACUUGUUCCACUAUAGUGCUUGUAUUUGUGUUUGUUGCACUACGCGUGGAGCAGUAUCACUGCUGUACACCUGUACAGGCCGCACCCACAACCAAAUGUAGUACCAAAACCCAGUGCCAAUAUGGCAGAGGUGUGUCAUGUACUGGACUGUGAUACAACACGGAUUUUGGUGCCACUUAAAUGCCUGCACUGUCAUUUGAAAUAUUUUCUGUCUGGUACUCGUGUAACAGAAGCACUGCUGCACCUCAUGUACUUUCACUAGGUAAUAUUACACUUGUUCUGACAUCAGCAGAUGCCUACCGUUGGCUAGUAGCUACCUUAAAUCCAGUUAAAAUGCCGAAAAGUAAAAGGUCUAAAGUGUGGCUGUAUUUCGCUCAAAAGGAUUCAACAAGUGUUUCAAAACAAUUAAAUGUAAAGCAGGGAACGUGUCAAAUUUAAUGAAGCAUCUGGUGACGUAUGGAAUACUCUUGAAAGCAGAGGGAUGUACCGUGUUUGACAGCUUGUGUGAUUCCCUGCCAAACACAUUAGUGUGGGUGUCCCUGGCCCUGGUGAUGGGGAGACGAUUGGGUUGUGGAGACCAUUGAUGAUAGUGACAGCAGCCUUUCCACAGAAUGACAUUCUACACAAACUGAUUCCACUGUUCCAGGAGAGAAGAAAGACCCUUAGGAAAAGGCUUGAUAUAUUCCUUACUUCAGGAUUUUGCCGGCGUUAUGGAAAGAAAAUCCUUAAGAGCGCAUAUAACCGAACAACUCAAGACUUUGUUACGUACUCUAAAUGUAAACUGAAUGCCAAAAGCACCAUCUUUAGUAUAGAUGAAGGCCUUGGGAGACUUGUAAAUCGCUGGGGAGGCAUCAGAGAAGAUAGCGUCCUGAGGAUUUAUGAGUCUAUCCAAGACCUUGAAGGCCAUCACGGCAGAAACAGGGAACUGGAAAUGAAUGAGGCAUUAUCAGUGCAAUCUAUGAAGGAGAUUGGCCUUGGAGAAGAAACUAUGGGGGGAGAAGAUUCAACAGCCCUUGGGCAGGUGUGCAAUGUAGCAGCAGGAGCGCAAGAUCAGGGAGGGCAGGUGGCAUGUAAUGGCAUGGAGAGGACCCUGGAAGAACCCGUCCGGCUUGGGAGCCAGCUGCCUUCCAUAGGUAUAGAGGUCAUGGGGAUCGAGCCCCUCAACCACAAGGAGAAUGCAGAAGCAGGAGAUCCCACGGGCAGUGAAUCGAACGUCCUACAUCAGCCUCCCACAGACUGGCUGGAGCCCCUGGAGGAGGACGACGACACUGAAGAGCUCGACAACCAAAUGUGGAAGGUGAACCCACUUAGACGAGGGAAGCAGGUAAAUGGAAAAAGGCAGACUGUGAUCAAGGAGAAAAAGAGUGUCCUGAAAAUGAACAGCAAUGGGCGGUUCCGACGCAGGCGGCGGGGUACUGAUGUAGACGGCGACUGGUUGGACUGGCCAGUGCUGGGAGAAGGCUGGAAACGCAAAGAAGUCUUCCGACGAUCAGGUUUCAGUGUAGGCAAGACAGACACAUAUUACAAAAGUCCUGAUGGGGAACGUGUAAGAAGUAAAAUCGAGAUGGCCAAGUACCUUGCAAGGUCCGUCGACCUUACCAUGUUUGACUACAAGUCUGGAGUGUUUUUGGGUGACAGAGCCAUUAGGGGAAUGAAGCGACGUAAGGGGACGAGUGCAUCAGUCACUGCCCCGUCAGUCGCCACUGAGAAAGGAACCGCGUCAGUCAUCACUGAGGAAAGUGCUGCGUCAUCAGGACUGAGUUUGACUCCUGAAAAGACCGGUAGCUGGGAUGGCUCCUGCACCCCUCCAUCUGUCCUUACCAACACCCAUGGCCAAAAUUUCUCCAUCCAGAAGUUCACCCCUCCCCGGGUGGUUGUUCCGCAGAAGGCUGUGUCCCCACGAUUAAUGCCAGCCACUCGGAGAAAUGGCACCUCACCCGGGUCGCCUUGCUCUCCGAGUGCCUCCCCUCACUCCGUAAAAGCCGCUUCUGUCUCCCUCGACAUGCCGCGCCGAAGAGGGGGCAGCGUUUUGUCCCUCUGUCUCACAGAUAUCGCUCACCAGGGAUUCAGUACUCCUUCCACCCGUAGCAGGGACGUCCCUCCCCUUAAUCUGCCAUACUUGAACCCUUCACUGGUCCCACUGAGCCCUACCUCAUCACCUGAAAGAAACUAUAACCCAGCGCUGCAGGGCCAGAGUCUCAUGAAUUCCCCAGUGUCCAAUGCCCCCAGUCAAGCCCCGAGUCCCCUGUCUGUGCCCUGCAACUCCAAACUGCCCCUCAAUGGAGUACUUCCACUCUUCGACUCAUCAGAGUCUCUUCCCCGUACCUGUAUAAAAUGUGGAGCCUCCUUCCAUAAUGAGGAGAUCGUGGAGCCAGAUGGUGCAUCUCUGUGUCCCAGUUGCAGACCCAAGGAAGAGCAGGCUGAUACCCAGAGCAGCAUUGUCUUCAGAAGGGUCGGCCACAGGGAGAGGGUCCUUGGGAAGGCAUCCAGGAUGAAUGAGGGUCGGGCUAUAAGUGAAAGGCCAAAUAUAGGUAGAAGGAAACGUACUGACAUAUGGAUAAAUUUCACAUUUGAUGCAAGAAGAAAAAAGACUCGUUGCAAACUGUGUAGCCUGACACUGAUGGGUAAAAACACCACAAACUUGAAACGCCAUUUGCAGAUUUUCCACCCUGAAAUUCAUUCCAAGUUAAAGAAGAGCCCCUUUGACAGGAGAGGACCGCUGAAUGAAAAAAGCUGCUGCAUCCCAGCGGAAUAUUUCACCAGCUCUCCUAAGAAAACAAGGAGAACACCAAUGCUUCUAAAAAAGCAGAAAGUAUUGAGAACAAAUGCUCGCUGCCUGGCUUACUCAGAAGCUAAGAGGCUCAAAAAGCAAUACACCAUUUCCCACCCCAGUGAACCUGAAGGUUUCUUGUUGGACUCGGACAAUGCUGAGUCUCCCCCAGACUCCCCUCAGGGACGGAGUAAGAGGCACAGUCGGCGCAGUCGGCGCGCCUGCCUGAAGUGCGACGCCUGUCUGCGCACGACGGACUGCGGCAAAUGCGACUUUUGCAUGGACAAGCCCAAGUUCGGAGGCAGCAAUAAGAAGAGGCAGAAAUGCCGCCUGCGUCAGUGCCAGAGCCAAGCCAUGCGACACCUGCUGCCCCUCCAGCUUGUCCAGUCUAAACGCAGGGGCUGGAUGGGUCGCCACAGGAAGAGGGCAGGACGCUCCAAGAACAAACUCAGAAAAACCUGGGAGGACUUUGGUAUGACUGACGACGACGACAGUGAUCAAGACUCCCUGGGAGGCCUGGCGCCCAGCAUGGAAGACAAGCACAUAAAUGACAACGGAGCGGACUCUUUUGGCAGCUAUGCUUCGCAGAUGGCCGGGGCGAUGUUUGCGCCGAGCUUCAUUCCCGGCUUCGGCCGACUCGACACGGAGGCUCUCUACAUCAGCAGCUACCCCCUCCCCGUCCAGGUGCCCGACCCGCUGGUACUCCCUCGCCAGGCUUGUUACCAGGGUAACAGUGGAAUGCUGGAAAUGAUGAAGAUGAGUGACAUUGUUGCCAGGACACUGGAUGCGGAGCAACCCCUUCCUCCUCCAGGGUCAGAGGCGGUCUUUAACCCGGCCGAGCUCAUGCCGGAUGCAGCGACUGGAGCUCUGGGGCUGGCGGUGGGGGACGAUGUGAGGAUCGUGGAGGUGGACACCGGGGAGGCGGAGGUCACGCCUGUGAUCACCGAGAUUUUCAGCCUGGCUGAGAGCAGCCCGCUGGAUGGUGGCGUGGACCAGGAGCUGCUGAGGCUGCUGGAGGCGCUGCGGCGUGCAGUGCUGCCGGCCCACUGGGUCGGCGUCAUGGUGACCGGCCCGCGACUGCAGCUGCUGCAGUGCUCCAAGCUGUCCACCAUGGCCGAUACCGUGCUGCACAUCGAGCCCGACUUCUCCUACCACAUCAGUGUGCAGGAGCUGCCACUGCUCCUCACGCACCGGUUGUAUGAGGCCCACCCUCCCCGGCUGGCCUCCACGUCGGAGGUGACCUCGCUGCUCCUGGACCUGGAGAACUACUCAGUGUGUCAGGGAUACCCCGCCUUCGAGAUGCCGCACCGGGAGCCGGUCCUGCACAUGCGGGCGGCCGCCUGCGAGCUGCUGGUGCUACAGUCAGAGGAGCGCUGUGACAAGUGUGACGUCACCUCGCUGGUUGUGUGAGGGAUGGGUGGGCGGGGUCAUCGGGGAUGUACCUCCCUUAGCCGCCCUCAGGUCCUAAAGAGAGUAGUGUUACCUCCAUGUCCCAAUGAGCCAGUGUUUGUUUUAUUUUUUUUUUCUUUUCCACAUGGUAACCCUGCAGGAGAUUUCUGGAAGUUUCGGCGUCACCUACUGUUACUACAGUUGUGUUUCUGUGGUGCUGUAUAUAAACGGGACAUCGUCUGGGGCCGUGAAUGGAGAGGUGGUUUUUAAACCAGAUGGAAAUGCUGCUUGAUGUUGGGCUGCUUACUCUGUCAUAACUCUUACUACACAUUAAUGUCGUGUGGGUGGGCUUGGGGACCUUGUAAAGAUUAAGCUAACUACCUCUCUGUAGUUUCCUGCAUUAUUUUUCUGACUUAUUAUGAUACCACAAUACAUACAAUGUGCUCCUCCUUCCUUUUAUCUCCACCUAAUUUAUUGAAUGUUGUGCAUCUUUUUAGUUCUUCAGAGCAGUGAAGGUCUUAUUUUAAAGAGAAAAUUAUUUUUAAAUGCCAAAAAAACUAUAUGCAAAUUUGGAUGCAGGCUUGCUUGGUUUCCAAUUUAAGUAUGUAACAAGCUGCACCUUAUAUUCAAUAUUAGGGUUGGAGAUCCUUCUCUGUUGUGUAGCAUUUAUAGCAGCAGUAACUGAGAAGUAUUAAGAUACAUUCCAUGUUUUUUUUACAUCAUUUUUCAAGCAUAAAAUAAGGUGGGCAGUCAGUCUGUCUAUCUGUUAACUUCCUUCCCCCUUACAGGCUGCCUGUUGAUUCUGAGCUUCCAAAUCUUUGUUUUUUUGGUUUGGAAGUUUCACAGCACAGAGAUUAGCUCUAGGAAUACUGGACCAGCACUGACCUUUGGGUCCUUAAAGAAGUAUCCUUAACAUUUUAAAGCAUCCAGCUGAGCAGUGAGUAUUCCAAGCAGCUAAUCUGCGCCAGGAUUUUACAGUGAACCACAGGGCUUGUUGUACUCCUGUUCUUGAGCGUUGCUUAUUGUAUACCUGUGAAAGCUAAAAAGAAAAAGCAAGCAUCCAUUUAAUUCUCUACAGUAUCAUAAGUUUUAUAGGAGCAAAAAACAAUUGUGCGUUUUCUAAAGAGUUUACGUUGGGGAAAAGAUCGUAUGGAUAACUGCUGUUUUGUGCCGAAACUCUUGCCUGAAUGGCUCUACAACACAAAUAGUAAAAUAUCCUACAUUUUCAAAAAUUAAUUAAUUGAAUCUGGCUGUCCUGGAAUCCAGUAUGUUCAACACUUUCUGUGUGUGACUCGUGAGUUUCUAUAAGGUACCUUACACUUCCAGAGGUGAUUUUUUUUUUUUUUUUUUUUUUUUUUUUACCUCAAAGCAAAUAGAACUUUUUAAAAUACUGUGCAUAGUAACUUUCUUGUAAAUACCAAUAAACAUGAUUCUAUUUAAAAUGUUUAAAUAAGUUAAAUUGGUACACUGGAUAAUUGUUUCUGGUGUUCUGUUGCGAAGAUGCCAUCACAUCGGAAAGCGCCAAAUGUCACACUUUCUGCCUUUGUUACCAGAUUACACCUUUUGCAUUAAAUAUUAUCUUUACUUUG